AUGGGAAGCUUCAACACCAGUUUUAGGCAGGAUUUCAUCUUGGUGGGUUUCUCUGAUUUUCCUCAACUGGAACUCAUGCUUUCUGCCUUCAUUUCCGUAUUCUACUCCCUGACUCUCCUUGGCAACUCCACCAUCAUUGUUCUUUCACAACUGGAUGCUCGACUUCAAACCCCAAUGUACUUCUUCCUCUGCCACCUCUCCUUCCUGGACCUCUGUUACACCACAAGCACUGUGCCCCAGCUCCUGAUUAACCUCCAAGGAUAUGACAGGACCAUCAGCUAUGGAGGGUGUGUGGCCCAGCUCUUCCUUUUCCUUGCUCUGGGCUCCACAGAGUGUUUGCUCUUGGUGGUGAUGGCCUUUGACCGCUACGCUGCUGUGUGCCGUCCACUGCACUACACGACCAUCAUGCACCCCGUCCUCUGCCUCUCACUGGCUAUUGCUUCCUGGAUAGGAGGGUUCGUGAACUCUCUGAUUCAAACGAGCCUCAUGAUGACGAUGCCUCUCUGUGGACACCAAGUGAACCACUUCUUCUGUGAGAUGCCUAUUCUCCUGAAGUUGGCCUGUCAGGACACAGAAGGAACAGAAGCCAAAAUGUUUGUGGCCCGAGUUGUAAUCUUGAUAUUUCCUGUAACACUAAUUCUGGGCUCCUAUGCAAAUAUUGCUCAGGCAGUGCUGAAGACCAAGUCGAUGGCAGGGUGCAAAAAGGCUCUGAGGACUUGUGGAUCCCACCUUGUGGUGGUUUCUCUGUUUUAUGGUGCAGCCAUCUACACGUACUUACAACCCAAGGACAGUUAUUCUGAGAACAAGGGGAAGUUUGUUUCCCUUUUUUAUACUAUAGUCACCCCCAUGCUCAACCCUCUGAUCUAUACUCUGAGGAACAAGGACGUGAAGGGAGCUCUGUGGAAAGUGCUAGGGAGAGGCACAAACUCCAGAUAG